AUGGCCCCGCGGCGCCUCCUGGUCCUCCUCUCCUCCCUGUUGCACUUUUUAGGGGUGUCUCCGAACGUCUCCCAGGGAAAGGAGACAAUUGGCAGGAGGCAGCGAGAGGUCCUGGCUGCCACCUGCCCUUUGGGUGACGGGGGCAGUAAUAAUGACGAGGGAAGCACACCUGGCAACGGAAACCGACGCUUUCUCACCUGGAAAGGAUGCCUUGAGGGGGCUGUCCAGAUUCUGCAAGUGCUCCCUCUCGCUUUUUCCAGGGAGGGGCCAGAAGUAGGGGGUUUUUCUUUCUGGGGUGGCAAGACCCCUUCCGCCGCCUCUAGUGGUUUUAGCCGGUCGGGGGCUCCUUUGCGUGGCGAACCCGAGGGGCUUGAAAUAAAAUUUUAG